AUGCUGUUGGGACCUGAUGACUCCGACGAAGAUGUGACUUCGGACCAACUGGACCGGCGCAGACAUCUUUGCCAGCAAAGAAUGCUCCUGGCUGAAAGGCAAUUCAACCAGAUCAAAUUGACCAUCAGAGAUCUAAAGCUGAAAGAGUUAGAGAUAAAAAAGACGAGAAUCGUAAACAGAACAGCUCCGGAGUUUCAAGAGCGCGCAAAGGAGUUGAGAAGACACUUCCAAAUUAAGGAAGAGAUAGCAAAGGCAAGACGAACACUGUCUCUGGAUUCACUUGAAAGGAGAAUAGCAGGACAAAGGCAUAUUGCCAGAGGCAAUCAAGUAGAUAACAUCAAUAACACUCAGGACUUACUUCGCGAACUCAUCCGAGAGAGGAUAAUGCAGGAGCACAGGAAGCUCGAGAAGAUGAACAAUUUUGAGCAUUUUCAUAAGAGCAUUCUCGACACACCGGCAUUGUUUAACAGACGAAGCCCAAGCAACUGGACAAGGCACAAAUCUUGGAAGAUGUGGAAUUUAUGGAAAAAUUGCGUAGCGAUAGCGAGUAGUGGGUUACGGCUCCCCAGUUUGGACACCAUUCGUUACGGACAAUUUAAGAAAAUUGCAAAUCUCCUAUGAUUAACGAACAGAU